AUGGAGAAGCAACCUCAAGCCCAAGACGGAGUGCCUCCCGUGGCUUCCGCCGACAACACUGUGCCCGGUGCCGACUACGGUAUCAACCUCGUCGAGCCCAAUGCGCCCACCCACAACAAGGAAGUGCACGACGAUGCUACUCUGAACAAUGACUUCGCUGGAACCGGUCCCCGACCUUCUUACUUGGGUCUUCGAGGGGACGCCCUUAUUUGGGGUGUCACUUUCUUCGCUACCAUGGGUUUCAGCUUGUUCGGUUACGAUCAGGGUUUGAUGAGUGGUAUCAUUUCGGCCCCUCAGUUCAAUACGGAAUUUCCCGAGACCGCUUCGUCCGGUCCGGAUGAUGUUCACGCUGGUACCAUCCGUGGUACCGUUACUGCUGUCUACGAAGCCGGAGCUUUCGGUGGUGCCGUCCUGUCCUUCUUUAUCGGAGACCGUCUCGGUCGACUCAAGAUGAUGUGGAUCGGAGCCAUCUGGAUGAUCGUCGGAACCGUCAUCGCCUGCGCUUCUUACGGAGAUCACUGGGGUUUCGGUCAAUUCAUCAUCGCCCGUGUCGUCUCUGGUGUCGGUACAGGAAUGUUGACCGCGACCAUCCCUUCGUGGGUUGCCGAGUGUUCCAAGGCGCACAACCGUGGUUUCCUCAUUUGUAGUGAGGCCUCGACCGUCGCCGUCGGUACCGUCAUCGCCUACUGGAUCAACUAUGGUUGCAACCAAGUCAACAGCUCGUUCUCGUGGCGAUUCCCCAUCGCUCUGCAAGCCUUGUUCUCGUUCUUUGUCAUCUGGGGAUCCCUCGUCAUGCCUCAAUCGCCUCGAUGGUUGUUGUCUCACGGACACAUGGACGAAGGUCUCAAGGUCAUUGCCGCUCUGGCCGGCACUUCGAUGGACCACCCCCGUGCUUUGCAGCAGAGGGCAUACAUUAUGGAGUCGAUCAACGCUACCAGGCAAGCCAAGGCUUCCGCUAAGGACAUGCUCGUCGGUGGAAAGAAGCAAAACUUGCGACGAAUGGUCAUCGGUGCCUCGUCCCAGGUCCACCAGCAGCUCGGAGGAUGUAACGCUGUCAUCUACUACGCCACCAUUCUCUUCGAGGAGCAGAUCGAGCUCGGUCGUGAUCUGUCCUUGAUCCUCGGAGGAGUCCUCGCCAUCAUCUACGCCCUGUUCGCCUUGCUGUCCUUCGUCAUUGUCGAGCGAGCCGGUCGACGACCCCUCUUCUUGAUCGGAACUGCCGGACAAGCCGUCGCCAUGUAUAUCACCUGGGCCUGUCUUCUCGCUGGUGGAAAGCCCGCCGCCAAGGGAGCCGCCUUCGGUCUCUACUUUUUCAUCGCGUUCUUCGGAGCCACCCUUUUGCCUUUGCCCUGGUUGUACCCGGCCGAGCUCAACGCCCAAUCCGUCCGAACUCAGGCCAACGCCGUUUCGACGAUGUGCAACUGGCUGUUCAACUUCUUGGUCGUACAGGUCUUGCCUACUAUGACUGCUUCUAUCGGCAGUUGGACCUUCUUCUUGUUCGCUAUCGAGAACACCAUCGCCUUCCCCCUCAUCUGGUUGUUCUACCCCGAGACCGGUGGUCGUGAAUUGACGGAGAUCGACAUCAUCUUCGCUCGAGCCCACUUGGCCAACCGACGACCCACCUUGAUCGCCGAGGAGAUGCCCCAGUUGACCGCUCACCAGCAAGAGGUUCUGUUGGAGAAGUACGACAUCAACGGUCCCGAGGACACCGAAUCCGGCGCCGUCACCCGAGAGAACGUCGACCUCGACAUCCCUCCUGCGGAGGGCAACACCAAGGGAGCGACCUACGACGCUACCCCUACCACUAACUCGGACUCGGACAGCAACAACAACACUGUCAACGAGAAGCCCGCUCGGAUCUAA